AACCGAAACCUCUCUGGCUCCUUCCUUUCCUAGGGUUUUCAGAAACUCAAAGCCCUAAAAGUCUUUCAACCUCCAUAACCUCACUUACUGUGUGUGUGUAUGUGAGAGAGAGAGAGAAAGAGAGUGAAAUUCACUGUGUGUCUGUGUGAGAGAGAAAGGCCAAACUCCAGAACCAUGAGCCUAAUCGCAGGCUCAUACGAGCGUUUCAUCUGGGGUUUCAAACUCAAAUCCCCAAAACACUCGGAAACCCUAACCCUGACCCCACUUUUCUCCUACCCUGCCCACCUCUCCCCCAUCAAAUCUGUCGCCGUUUCCCACUUUGCCGCCGCCUCCGGUGGUUCCGACGACACCAUCAAACUCUACGACCUCGCUUCCUCCACCGAAAUCGGUUCUGUUUUCCAUUCCUCCACCGUCACCUCCCUCUCCUUCUUCACCCCACCCUCUCUCUCCUUCCCACGAAACCUCAUCUCUGCAGCCGAUGAUGGCACUAUCUCCCUCUACGAUACUGACCCUUUUGUUAAUCUCAAAACCCUAAAUGUUCAUAGAAAGGGAGUGAAUGAUAUUUCGGUGCAUCCAUCUGGGAAGUUGGCGUUGUCAGUGGGAAGGGAUGAUUGCUUGGCUAUGGUGAAUUUGGUGAGAGGGAGACGUAGUUUUUACUGUAGGUUGGGGAAGGAAGCCUCAAUUGUGAGGUUUGAUGAAAGUGGGGAGAAAUUCUUUAUGGUUAUGGAUGAGAAAAUCUCUGUUCAUGAGGCUGAAGAUGCGCGGUUAAUUUUUGAAAUGGAUAAUAAAAAGAGGGUUUUGUGCGCUGCACCGGGCAUGAAUGGAAUGUUGUUCACUGGUGGAGAGGACAGGAAUCUCACAGCAUGGGACUCAACCAGUGGGAAGGUUGCAUAUUCUAUUGAGGAUGCACAUUCAGCCCGUGUGAAAGGUAUUGUUGUGCUUUCUAGGAAUGAUGGUGGCUCCACUGAUGAUGAUCCAUAUAUUGUAGCAUCUGCAUCGUCAGAUGGGGUCAUUCGUGUUUGGGAUGUUCGAAUGGCUAACAAGGACAAGCCAAAUCCAUUAGCUGAGGCCAAUACAAAAUCGAGACUCACUUGUCUUGCUGGAUCCUCUCUCAAAUCUUUCAGACGCCUACAGGUUUUAAAUGCUAACGUGAAUGAAGAGCAGGAUGCAACAGUGGGUGGAGGCUGAGAUGUCCGGCAUAAAACAAAUGUAGGCGUGCUUUUCUUUUUCAACUUUAUGUUUAUCUCCUGUUGCCAUGAAUAUGCUUUGGCUUGUUGGUCCAUUGCUUCAAUUUUGACAGUUGAAAAGAUGAAUUCAUAUGUUUAUUGUUCUGAUCAAAGGUGUUUAUAUAUUUGGAAGUGUGUAUCAUUUCUUCUUACGGAGGAUUGCUUUCCCUGUACCGUUCAUCUCUGUUGUUCUGGAAUUCCUUCAAAACAGUGGUGACGGUUGAAUUGUUGUG